AUGGCGGAAGGGCAGAAUACCCGCUUCGAUGCAUGCGGCAUCGGCGGGCGUUUGCGAAAGAAGACCAGAGACAAUCCGAACGCAUUGGUGAAUCAGUUUGCGAAGAAUCGAUUCACAACGCUUCCUUCGAUCGGUGCAUGGUGCAUGCAAUCCAAUGCGAUUCGGUUGGACCUGCAACGACGACACAACUACGAUUCAUUUGCGACGACGGAGGACACCACGAUUGCUUCGAGCUCGGGCAUUGCAGCGGCCAUUUGCGGUCAGUUGCAAUCCUUUGAUGGUAGUAUCAACGAUUGGUUGAGUUUUAGAGACCUCUACACAUCUCUGAUUCACGAAAAACCCGAUCUACCUGAUGUAGAGAAACUUCAUUACCUCAAAGGGUGCUUAGCAGGCGAGGCUAAGGCACUGAUUGAUCCGCUAAGGAUCACGAAAGACAAUCAUCAAGUUGCUUGGGACACGUUGCUAAAACGUUACAACAACAACAAACUUUUGAAGAAGAAGCAAGUUCAAGCGCUCAUCAAGCUGCCUUCGCUUAGCAAGGAAUCUAUCACGGAUCUCCAUAAAUUGGUGGAUGGUUUCGACCGUGUGAUUCGGACGUUAGACCAAAUCAUCGCACCAGCCGAUUAUAAAGAUUUGUUGCUGGUAGAGCUGCUGAGCACUCGUCUCGAUCCUGCCACACGACGAAGGUGGGAAGAACAUUCGUCUACGAAGCAGCAAGACACCCUAAAGGAUCUACAGGAGUUUCUUCAACGCAGAAUGCAGAUUCUUGAAGCCUUACCUGCGAAGGUGGAAGCGAAGGUUGAACAGUUCCAACAACUAAAAAGAAAGCCGUUCUCUACAAGGGUCAGCCAUAAUGCCGUACAAGGAAACAACGCUAAGUGUCCUUCUUGCGCGGAGAUUCAUGGACUGCAUACUUGUCCAGCCUUCUUGAAGAUGUCACUGACCAGUAAGGAAUCCCUCAUACGUACGCAAUCGCUCUGCCGUAAUUGCCUCAAACGUGGUCAUCUUGCUCGAGAGUGUUCAUCAAAGUUUUCCUGUCGGCAUUGUAAGGGUCGGCACCAUUCGUUGCUAUGCUACAAGGGAGAAGUAAGUUCCAGCAACCAAGGAUCAUCCGGAAGAACGAAACCGGGUGAAGGCGCUAAGCAGGACGACAGUGUUGCAAACUCCAAGGCAGCGAAUGCCUCAGCGGUUGAAUCUACUUCUUCAAACGCGGCACAGUGUCUCUUAUCGCAGGUUCUUCUGGCUACAGCUGUCGUUGCGAUCGAGGACGAUCAAGGUUCUCGCUAUCUAGCACGUGCACUGUUGGACUCAGGGUCCGAGUGUAACUUCAUCUCUGAAAAACUGUGCCAUUUAAUGAAUGUCUCCAGUCAGAAGGCCAACAUAUCGAUUCUUGGUAUCGGACAGUCGAACACGAAGGCAACUCGAAAGGUCAAGGCUGUCGUCAGAUCUCGGAUUUCAUCGUACUCUCGAUCGAUGGAAUUUGUCGUCCUACCGAAGGUUACAGCUUGUCUGCCAACAUCUACAGUUCAGGCAAAUGGAUGGAACAUACCGGUAGAGAUCGAACUGGCGGAUCCGGAGUUCUUCCGGUCAAGGAAGAUUGACUUGGUUCUGGGCAUCCAAGCCUUCUUCAGCUACUUCCCGUAUGGAAGGGAGAUACAGCUGGGCAAGGACCUACCAGUACUAACGGAAUCGGUUUUUGGGUGGAUAGUGUCAGGCGAAGUCACUUCAUCCAGCCAAGGUACUAAGUACGUCUGUAACAUGGCAGUAUCGGAUAAUCUCGAGGAGAUAAUGGCACGGUUUUGGUCCUGCGAGGAAGUAGGAGCCGUCAACAAAUACUCUCCUGAAGAAGCUCACUGUGAGGAGCAGUUCCAGCGUACAGUUAGGCGGGAAUCCGACGGGCGAUACACAGUAGCCCUCCCCAAGAACAACGAAGUUUUGGUGGAACUGGGUGAAUCCCGAGACAUCGCAUUAAGACGGUUGCGAGCUGUGGAGCGAAGAUUGGCAAGGGAUCCAAGUCUACAGAAGCAGUAUUGUGAUUUCAUGGCCGAAUACCUCGAGCUCGGUCACAUGCGAAGAUUGGACGACAGCGAAGAGCAUACAGUUAAACGGUGUUUUCUGCCACAUCACCCCGUUAUCAAAGAGUCUAGUACCACGACCAAGGUGAGGGUGGUAUUCGACGCAUCUUGCAAAACAUCUUCAGGAAUAUCCCUAAACGAUGCGCUGUAUGCUGGACCAAUAGUUCAACAAGACUUAAGGUCAAUCGUUCUGCGUAGUCGAGUUCGUCAGGUGAUGGUCGUAGCAGACGUCGAAAAGAUGUAUCGACAGUUCUGGACGAGUCUGGAUGACACACCGCUUCAAUGCAUACUCUGGACAGCAGCUGAUGGAAAGGUAGUGGCGUACGAGUUACUAACGGUGACAUAUGGUACGAAGUCCGCGCCGUAUCUGGCCACUCGUGCCUUGCAACAACUAGCGAACGACGAACGAAAGCAGUUUCCAUUAGCGGCACUUACGGUCGAAGAAGACGUUUACAUGGACGAUGUUAUAUCUGGAGCAGACAACGUUGAAGCGGCGAUCGAAUUGAGGAGACAAAUAGACGCAAUGAUGAUCAGCGGAGGAUUAAAACUACGUAAGUGGGCAUCGAACUGCCCAGACGUACUCAAGGGCAUUCCAACUGAGAAUCUAGCACUUCCAGAUUCGAAUGGAAUCGAUUGGGACCAAGAUGCUGAAGUAAAAACAUUAGGUUUAACUUGGCUUCCUAACGUAGACUGCUUCCGGUUCAAAUUUACCAUUCCGCCACUCACGCCAUUCCAAAUCCUCACGAAGCGACAAGUGUUGGCUUUCAUCGCAAGACUUUUCGACCCGCUGGGCCUGCUUGGUGCAACGAUCACAGCGGCAAAGAUCUUCAUGCAGCGGCUCUGGUGCUUAAAGAACGAACAAGGCCACAAUCUACAAUGGGAUGACCCACUGCCCGAGACGGUGGGUAAGGAAUGGCGAGCAUUCCACGAGCAAAUCCCUUCGCUCAACGAUGUGCGGAUUCCAAGGUGUGUGGUUGCUCCAGGUUCGGUAUCCGUAGAAUUCCACUGCUUUUCGGAUGCCUCUAUUGUCGCUUAUGGUGUGACAAUCUAUGUUCGGAGUCAAGAACAAAAUGGUACGGUUUCGGUGCACCUUUUGACUUCGAAAUCAAAGGUAGCACCGCUCAAGGUUCAAUCUCUACCACGGUUGGAGCUGUGUGGCGCACUCCUGGCAGCCCAACUCUGGGAAAAGGUAGCAGAAUCGCUGAAGGUAGAAGAAAACGAUCUGUGGUGGCAUGGGCCUACCUGGUUGAAGGAUUCGCCGGAAGAAUGGCCGAAGGCGGCAGAAAACCCAACUGAGAAGGAUUUGGAGAGACGACGCAAUGCGAUGGUUUGUGUUUCGUCGAAGAAAUCUGGGUUCAUUUCGGAUUAUUUAUCAAAAUUUUCCACAUUUACGAAAUUGAUUCGGAUGACCGCAUACUGGUUGCGCUUCCUGAACAACUUGCGGUGCCCUGAAACAGAAAAACUAUCAGGAUGUCUAACAACAAACGAGUUGCAUCACGCGGAACGGUCGAUCAUUCUGUCAGUUCAAGCGGAAUCGUUCUCGGACGAGAUCCGAAAGCUGUCGUCUGGUGUAUCAGUGGGUCGUAAUUCUCCGUUGCGGUGGUUCAACCCACAAAUUGAUGAAAACGGCAUCCUACGGGUCGGUGGAAGACUGGCUCACUCCGAGGAAUCGCAGCAAACAAAGCACCCGAUUGUUCUUCCAGCUAGGCACAAGUUCACGGAGCUGGUAAUUUGCCACUAUCAUCAACAAUACCUUCACGCUGGGGUGCAAUUACUGUUAGGUACCGUUCGACAACGAUACUGGCCACUUGGAGGCAGAAAUCUAGCGAGGAAGAUCGUCCAUCAAUGCCAGCGGUGCUUUCGGGCAAAACCUUCGAUCAUUCAGCAGCAAAUGGGGGAGCUACCAGCUGCUCGAGUCAACGUUUCGAGGCCGUUUUCGAAGACCGGCGUCGAUUAUUUCGGCCCUAUAUACCUGCGAGCCGGUCGAGGACGAAAACCAACCAAGGCAUACGUUGCACUUUUCGUGUGUAUGGCCACGAAAGCCGUCCAUAUGGAGCUGGUGUCGGAUAUGUCGACGGAACGGUUCAUGCAAGCCUUACGAAGAUUCUUUGCGCGUCGAGGGCGUUGCACAGACGUUUAUUCGGACAACGGUACCAAUUUCAUAGGAGCGCGAAACCAGAUUCAGGAGUUGUUUGCGUUGCUGAAAAAUAAAACACACCUUCAAGACUAA